AUGUCGGCUUCAGCCGUGAAGUCGGCGUCCUGGCGACGCCUCCUGCAGACGCUGGUGCAGCCUCCCCGCCUAAGGAAAUUCUGCCUUCACGCCCCUAAAUACGUAAUCGUCUCUCCUUGCCUUCUCUCCGUAUCAGCGGUGAUUUCCUCUUCUUCUUGUAAUGAGUUUUCUCCACCUAUGUAACAUUCAAGCUUUCGAGUUUUCUCUUCCAUAGUGGCUUUUCCUGGUGAUUAGGUCGGUACAGAAGUUUCUUUUUUCUUCUCUUCUCCCACCACGAUUUGCAUUUUCAUCUUCUUGCUCUCCUCCCCCUCUAUCCUCCUCAGCCGCUCUCCAGAUCGUUUCUGGUAACUGAACCCUGUAUAAUCUACGGCACGAUUAGGUUUAAUGUACACCUUUCGUGCGGGGUGAUUCGCGACCCUGGCGGCCCUGCCUCCUGCAAAAUAUUUCACCCUUUGCACCAUCUAGCUAAAUCUCUUCUCUUAUUAUUUCGUCCGACACGGAUACUAGUACAAGUUGGGAUCUCACAUAACAAGCAGGGUGCUUUCUCCUUGGCUGAAAAAUAUCAUCUGAAAAUUGCAAAGUAAAUAGAACAUCUACUAUUUUUCUUCCUCACGCUGGGUCACUUAUGCUGCGACUUGUCCUCUCAUUUCCUUGCGUCAUGAAAAAUAAUAGCGGAACUCUAUGGAUUUCUAAUCACUGACUUAUUAUAACCACACAUUUUCGUCCCGUCCUGAGCUUCUACAUAAUGUACUUGCUCUGGCUAUCAAAUUUCGUGCUCUGUUUAUAAGUUUAUAUGCUGCGCUUUUAAGGUUAAAAUUUGCUAAAUUUUCCUCUCUUUAAUGUUGUAAUUUCAGGUUGAGUUAGAAUUUUCUGAUGGAAAUGUUUUUAAUCUCUCAGCCGAGUUCCUUAGAAUACAUAGCCCUGCUGCCAACAGCAAGGUUCGCUCAGUAGGGGGCGAGAAGGUAAUCCUCAGAUUAAUCAUUUAGUAACUAGUUCAUCAUGCUUUACUGUACUUCUCUGGCAUUCGAGUAGGAUUUCAAAGAUAAAGAAUGUGUUAAUAUCUGGACAAAUUUUCUUUAUCGCCCCCAAAAGAUUUUAUAAGUUUUCAGCUGAGAUGAAUAAUUGCAGUUCUUGUCUGCUUGUGUGCUUAUGCAAUUGAAGUCCUAUCAGUUACGAUCUUACAGUAGAAGCACACUCAAGCAUCUUCAUCCUCAGGGUACUCAUCCCCCACGUUCACAUUUUUUCAGGCUCUUGAAAUCAUCAUCUGUUUAGUUUGCUAAUAAUGUCAGCUCUGUAGAGAUCUUCUCUUACAAUGCGUACUUGAUGACUAGUAUGAUACAACAUCAUAAAACGGUCUACCAUACCAUGGCUAAUGGCUAACUGACAUGCGUGGGAGAAGAAUUAUGCUGUUGAGAGCUAUUAGGAACUGGGUUUUCCUGAAAGCUUCCAAAUGCCUAUAAAGUUCUGGAGUUGAAAUCAAUAUUCACUGCCUAAUGUUACCCUCCAUGCACCAUCUAGGAUUUUGGAAGCAUCGAUGAGAAUUUACAUCUUCGUUUAAUUAUUAUCCACUGUGAUGUGAUAUUUCCGGGAAGAAUUUACAUUAUGUCUAUAUGAGAUUGAAGGGUCGGUGGACAUGUGGAUGUCCAUGUAGAUACUUGUAUUGGUAUGCAUAUAAAUUAUGAGUGCUUGUUGGAAUGUGGGAUUACUGCUGCUGUAUCAUUGAACCAGCUUUAUGUCACAUCAUGGUGACAUAAUGCAUGUAUUUUCACAUUGUCAUGACACUGUAGUAAUGUUGACCAUCGUUUACUAGAAGGUCAAUGGUGGCUUGAGGUUCAAAUAAGUUACAUUGUGGCAUAAAAAGUUCUCAGUUAGAUCCAUGUAAGUAUUGUGUAUUUAUUUUACUUAAGAAUGUGAAGGGCAUCCACCUCUUUCGAGCUUUAGAUUAAGUAUUAAAGGCUCAGCUUAGGUAGGGAAAAUGGAUUAUCAUAGAGGAUGUGAGUUUGCAGAUAAAAAGCUAGUAAGGCAUUAUGUCUUGAUCAUGUUAUCUUAUCAGAAGUUCAGCGGUUGUGUAGAUGUCUGUGGGCUACUACAUGAUUUCAUGAUGCUUGGAGGGCCAUUGAAAUGGUUUUAUCUCAUUAUUCAUUAUUCAGUAUGAAAACGGUUCACAUCUCUCAUAUCUAGUUGAAGGCUUUCCCCCUUUUUAUUUUUUAAUCCAAUGGUGUAGCAUAUGAAUGUUUUUCUUUUUUAUUUAGUUAGUCAUACUAUUAGAACAGUUCACAUCUCUCAUGCUGAAUAAUGAAUAAUGAGAUAAAACGAUUUGGAUGGCCCUCCACACAUCAUGAAAUCAUGUAGUAGCCCACAGACAUCCACACAACUGUUGAACUUCUGAUAAGAUAACAUGAUCAAGACAUAAUGCCUUCCUAGCUUUUUUUUUGCAAACUCGCAUCCUCCAUGAUAAUUCAUUUUCCUUGCCUAAGCUGAGCCAUCAAAAUCGUAUUAGUAUGAAUGUUUUUAUUUUUUCAUUCUUCAGUCAUGCUUUUGAAUGCUUUUAGUGGCCAAGUACGGAAAGCACAUGCUUUUGGCUUAGCUCACAGGGCGACAUUAAUCUUUUGUACACAAGGUGGAUAAUUCAUCUAAUUUUUUCCUUUUGCACUUCCCUCUUUGUCCUGCCUAUGGUUUUAACCCUCCAUAGGAAUUAAUACCUCAAUCACACCGCAAAGUAUCGUGAUUAUCUUUCUUAAUUUGAAUUAUUGCAUACCAUGCAUGCCUCAACAAUUUGAUUCGUGUUAAACCAGGUAAUAUUUGGCCGACGGCAUGUAGGAAUCAUGUCUGCAGAACCUAUUGGGAACUAUGGUAUCAGACUUAUAUUUGAUGAUCUUCACAAAACUGGAAUUUACACCUGGGAUUACUUCCACCAUCUGGGUACCAACAAAUUUUCUCUAAUGAGGAACUACAUCAAAACUUUAAAGAAGCAUGGCCUGACUCGGGAUCCCCUCAGAAAAGGGUUGGUAGUAUGA